CCUGUGUGGGCUGCGACUGCGGUGCCGGGGCAGGGAAGAGGCGCUGCCCAGAGCCCCAGACGAACCCAGCCACCCGCUGAGGCAGACCGUGAAGCAUCCCAUUCCCUUGCCAGACUUCAGAGGGACACAACACCUCCCCCAAGAUGAGGCUCCUGUGGGUGUUGCUGGUGGCGGUGCUGGUGGUGGGGGCGUCAGCCAACGUUACAAAGAAGACCCACAAGAAGGCCACCACGGCAGAGGAGAAGAAGCACUUCGAGGAAAUUGAAAAGAAGCUGGAGAAUUUGAAGGAGCUGGAAGAAGAGCUUGAGAGAGAACUGGAGGUUGUGGAGGAAGAGGAGGAGGAGGAGGAGGCAGAGGAGGAGGAGGAGGAGGCGGUGACGCAGGACCAAGAAGAGGAGGUGACGGAGGAGCAAGAGGAGGAAGUGACGGAGGAUCAAGAGGAGGAGGAGCAGGAGGAGCAAGAGACGGAGGAAAUGUCUGAGGAAUACCAGCCUCAAGAAAAUCCUGGAGACGGGUGCCUGGGCGUGUACUGCGGCGCCGGCAGGAUGUGCGUGGUCAAUGACAACGGAGACGGGGAGUGUGCGUGCAUCAAUGCCUGCGACAUGGAGGAUGACGCGCGACGCAGGGUGUGCAGUAACUACAACGAGACGUGGAUGUCUGACUGCGAACUGUACAGGCAGCGGUGUCUGUGUGAGGAGGAGGACCCGAGCUGCCUCGACCCAGAGAACAGACACGUCCACAUUGAGUACUACGGGGAGUGUCAGCAGAUGCCGGAGUGCGUUGAUGAGGAACUGGAGGAUUUCCCGAGGCGUAUGAGUGAGUGGCUGUUCCACAUCAUGAGGGACAUGGCGGAGAGACACACCCUCAGCGAGCACUACGUCAGGCUGGAGAGGGAGGCAGAGGAGGACCCCAAGAAGCAAUGGUCCUAUGCCGUUGUGUGGAAGUGGUGUGAACUUGACUCCCACCCCAAGGACAAGACUGUGUCGCGGCACGAGCUGUUCCCCAUCAGGGCUCCUCUCUACACCCUGGAGAACUGCGUGGCCACCUUCCUGGACUCCUGCGACACCAAUGAUGACCACGCCAUCACCCUGAGGGAGUGGGCCACGUGCACCAAGCUAUCUGAGGAUGACCUGGAGAAGUUCGAGAACUUCUGCGAGGGCAUGCGUGAGGAGUAAGGCCGGUGCUGACAUCUACUGAGUGAGUGGAAAGGUUGCCGGUCCAGCUAAACAUCAAUCAUAUUCCCAGAGAGAAAGUUAGAGGAGUAAGAACUGUAUGUAGUCAAUGAGAAUCUCCCACGGAUGAAUGUAUAAUUUUGAGGCAAUACAUAUUUGUGCAAAAUAUUUUAUAUAUAUUUAGUAUAUGAUUUUUUUGUCUACGAAUAUGAACUCCGGAAUAUUUACAUUUGAAAAUUGACAUCUUUUUAUGGUUAUUUUUGAUGAUUCAUAAGACGCCUCCAGAGUAUGUGGUAUCAGCAUUAUGUCACGGCAUUACACCAUGGCCUGCAGGACACCGCGUGCUCGUCCUGCAGUACUGGGAGGCUUUCAGCAGUGCAGUGCCAUCGUAAAGGAGUCACACUUGAGCUUGUACCUUAACUUCCUAGUCUAAUCACCAUGUGUCAGAUACAAUGACAAGAAGAGUAUUUAAGGAGAUAUUAUCUUUUAAACCUUUAGGUGUACGUUGCUUCCUGGCUGUACAGUUGUCACGCUGCCCGGCGGUCCUGGGUGAGGGCUUGAUGUGUUGUCCGCUCCAGCACUCAGUACUUGUCACUACUUACGUAGUUACUUAACUUACACUGCCAGUUGUGAACUUAAGUCAGUCCUAAUGGUGCUAAAUUUAAUGCAAGUAAGUUUUUAUUCAUCUUCCUAUACAUCUUUAUCACCUGCAUGAAGCUCAUUCUUUGCUGACUAGUAGACUGUAUUAAGUGACUUUUGUGACCUCUCUGUCUCUAUUAUGUAAUGAUUGAAAUAAACUGCUUUUCCUA